AUGCCGAAGCUCAUUUGCGUUAUUGGCGUGACCGGAAACCAGGGUGGUUCCGUCGCUCAGCGAUUCCUUCAAGACCCGAAUUUCAAGGUGCGGGGUCUGACCCGUGAACCUGGAUCCGAAAAAGCCAAGAAACUCGCCGCGCAAGGCGUCGAGAUAGUGCAGGCGGAAUUGAACGACGUGCAAAGUCUCGUUAAAGCCUUCAAAGGCGCCAACUUGAUCUUCAGCGUCACUCAGUACUGGGAGCCCUUCUUCCGGCCUGACUGCAGACAGGAGGCACAGGCUCAAGGUAUCUCGUGUCGAAAGUAUGCAUACGACGUCGAAUACCAACAGGGCCGGAACAUUGCCGACGCUGCCGCAACUACGGUUGCCUCGCUAGAGCCGAACGGGUUUCUGGUCUCAACCUUGAGCCACGCGGGGAUCUGCAGCAAAGGCGCACUCAAGGAGGCUUAUCACUUCGAUUCCAAGGCCGAUGUCUUUCCGCGAUAUGUCGACGAGGAAUAUCCAGCACUGGCCGCCAAGAUGAGCUGUAUUCAAACAGGGUGCUUCAUGACUAGUUACAGGCUGUUACCGACUUCGUGGUACGCAAAGCAACCUGACGGCAGUUACCUCCUAAGUUUCACUACUAGUCCCGACAUUAUAGUCCCUCACUUCGACGUGAAUUCUGACAUGGGUAAUUUCGUCUAUGCUGUUGCUCAGCGACCACCAGGUGGGCAUUACAUGGCCGAAGGAGAGAGCUGUAGCUGGAGUGAAGUCGCCCGGCAAUGGGGUAAGGUCACGGGGCAGAAAGCCAGUUACAAGCAAAUCACAGAGGAGGAAUUGAUAGCGAUCACGCCCGAUGCAGAGUUUGGCAAGGAGGUCAGCGACAUGUUCACAUAUUGUGAUAACCCGGGAUAUGGUGGUGGAAUGGACCUGGUGACAGCAGCAGACUUGAGAAAUGCCGGUAUUGACUGUCCUAUGACCACUUUGAAAGACUUCAUAAGCAGAGAAGACUGGAGCUCUGUUCUUGCAGAGUAG